AUGUCGAACCAUCCACAAGAAAAGAAUCAAGGCGAACUCAACAAGGGCAAUGAAAAGACAUUCAAGGAUACCUUACCGCCUCAUUCCAACGAACCAAGAAAAUCGCAGGAUUACAAUGAGUGGGAUCUUUAUCCUGGCAAGAUUCGCCAAGUAGAGAAUCAGGGUACACCUGAGCAAGUCAAGCAUUUGCACGAAUUGGAGCACACACCACCACAGAAACAACAACAGCAACAAUGA